AUGGUAAGUUAAAAGUACACUUGAAUUUUUAAAAUGUUUUGUUUAUUUAUUUAUUUAUUUUUUGCAAUAUAUGUUCAUGAGAACUGAAGCUUGUUUGAGCAGGGUCCUCAACCUAUUUUUUCCUUUAACAUUUUGUAAUUGUCUAAUUUAUUGUUUAAUUUUCCCUUUUUAUAAUAUUGUAAAGCGCUACAGAAAUCCAUUUCACAAUAUAUAAAUGUAAAAUAAUUAAUAAUAAUAAUGAGAAGAGAAUCAAUUUUUUACCUGUUUUGUUUAGUGUACUAGUAUGUGUGUAUUUUAGAAUAUAUUGUGUACUUUUAAGAAAAAUGCAUUUAAGAUAUUAUAAAAAAGCAAUGUUUAGCCCGGAGCAAUGAUAGUCCAAAUCUGUUUCCUGGGCUCCUGAUCGUCAGUCAAAACUUAAUUAAUAGUUGGUUGAAAAGCUUAGAGAAAUCGAAUGUAUUAUUUUAUUGACGUUCUGUGAUACAUGCGAACAUACCAACAAUUUGGAGCUCGUAGAAAAGCAGGGCAUUAGGAUGCAAUAUAGGGAAAGAUUAAUGAUCAAAAAUAGGGUUUUAUAACUCUGACCUUCGGCACUCCAGAUGUUGUGGACUACAUCUCCCCGAUGUUUGCCAGCAUUGUAGUUUUAAGUAUAUCAUGGGAGAUGCAGUCCACCACAGCUCGAGUACCAAUGGUUGCCUAGCCCUGGUAUAGAUCACAGAUUUAAAAAAGCCAGGCAGUUUUUAGAAUGUUUCAGAUCCUUGAUUUCUGUCAAUUCUCUCAGAAUUCCGAGCCACCUGAAAGUGGAAAAACUUGUUCUCCACUUGUUCUUUACUACCUCAGGGUAGCAUGUAUCUUUCCUGCAGCUCACAUUCAGUAACUCUUUAGUUCAUUGUUUUGCUCGUUUAAUUUUGAUGUUCUUCAGGCUUUAUUAGGCUAAACUUUGUAUUGUAGUGAAUUGAAAUCUGAAUAUUUAGGCAAAAUAUUUUGGGUUUGGAAAAAUUAUCCAUCCCAUCUAUAGCAACAGCUUUGAUAAUUUGGCCCAAAUGUUGUUUUUAGCUUGUGUUUGUAAACACCUUAGUCUUCGCAUCUCAACAAAUCAUUUUCCUGGUCAUUUUCAAAUCCAUUUGUCAUUGUGUUAUUUUCUCAUUUGUAAUUUUAGAAUUCUAGCUAUUUAGACGAUCUGUCACAUAAAUCUCGGAUGGAUCCAUUCGUUCGGGUGUAGAUUAACAGGAAUUUGAUUCGUUCGUCACAGUUGAAAGGAAUUUGUGCCCGAGUCUAUUAUAAACCACUUUUAAAAUUACUGUGUUACUAUCAAUCAUUCAAAGGGAAAAGAGAGUUAUUUUAAAAAAAGAAGACGAUAGUAAAACUUACAUGUUGAUGUUUAUAACCUACAGCAAGUUACACAUUUUUGGUUUUGCUGGUAUGUGACUGGCUAGGGUUUUAAAAUUUGUAUAUUUACAUUAGUUACAUUAGUAUUACAUAUACUUCAGUGCAUAGAAUUGUAAUAGAUUUUGAUAAUUAAGAUUAUAUUUUAUAUUAAGGUUUUAUUUUCUGCACAGUAAUUUGGACCUGGUCAUAACUAUAAAAAAAAAAAAAAAAACAGAAAUGAAAACUAAUUAGUAUUGAUUAGUAUCAGUGGGGCUAAUUCACUAAACAGUCAGUUCUGAUAGGCAGAAAACUGGAACAAAAUAAACCCACGUGGAUGAAGUCAGCAUAGAUCACAGUUUAGUGAAUGUCACACAAAUCCCAGCAUUGAAACCCACCAAACUGGUUUCUACAUGGUAUCUUGCUGGGUUGUAAUUAGCUGCAGUAAUUUUCUGUGAUGUUUAAAAUGUAUCUAGAGCCCAAGACCAUGUUACGUUCAAUGAAUCACUCCCUUGAAAACUUUGCUCUGUGGUUUUUAGUGCCUGAGGUAUAGAAAAAAGAUUAUAACAUGCUCAAGGUUACAAAGAGUAAAACAAAAAGAAUUCAAAAUCCAACACUGGUUUAUGCACAAGAACUGAAGGCUAUUCUCAGUACUGUUAAAAUCAGUUCUCAUUAACAACAUAUUUAUUUAAAGCAACACUUUAUUCUUAAAUUUAAAGCUUUCCUGAACAGCUUUACAAUCAGUCAAUCAGUUCUUAAAUUGUUUGAAAAUUUACUCCCAGAGGGCACCAGUGUACUCCUGGCACCAUAACAACUGCAGUUGACUGUAGUGGUUAUGGUGCUUGGAGUGUCUAUUUAAUAACCAUUAUAAAUGGAUUCACUGAGUGUAUGGAUUAUAUAUAAAUGGACAUUUUUAUAUCCUUAAAAGGCUACUACAAGCUUUAUAAAAACCAUUACAGCCUGUACUUGUUAUGAUGCUAGGAGUACCCUGGGCCCGUUUCUCAGUAAUGUGUUUUGCAGUGGGCACCAGGCACCAACUAUCUUCCAUUAGCCAGUGACGACAGCAUCAACUGACCCGCUUUCAGCUAAUGAAUGCAACUUCCGGGCUGGCUAAUAACACUCCAAUGAUCUUGCCGAAAGUGGAGUUACACCUGUAGCAGUAGUAAGGUAAAACUCCUAUAUGCAGCAUUUCACAAUGAAAUGACACAUAUACAGAUUACAGGCACCAUAACUAAUUCAAAUCACUGAAGUGGAGUAAUCCUUUAACAUACAAAGUUGGGAGUAUAUUCCAAAAAACAUUGUGUCACUUAUUUGUGAUAUAUGUUUUUGUGUGUCUCUCUCGCGCUCUCUCUCUUUUUUAAAAUAACAAUACAACGUAUAUUUAUUUAUUUAUUUAUAAAAUAUUUUACCAGGAUGGAUACAUUGAGAUUUCUCUCGUUUUCAAGUGUGUCCUGGGUCCACAAAACAUUGCAUUGUUACAGUAGGAUACAAUAUUAUACAAUAUACAAACUAUAAAUAUAUAUAAACAUACACACAUAUAUAAAUGUAAUACAUAACAGGUAAUAAAUGUAAUCAACCAUGACAGGUGCAUUCUGUGCUGAAGUAUACUUCCAUAGAUCUCUUAAAAUAUUUUAGUUUGAAUGAAGAUUUGACUGUGUCCCUGAGGUUAUUCUAUAAUUGCGGUGCUCUGUGGGAAAAGGAGGAUCGAGUCACUUUAUUUUUGUAUUGCGGUAUGCUAAAUAUUGUGCUAGUACUGGAUCAGAGGUUAUAGGAGGUGGGAAUAGCUGGGGAGAGCAUUCUAGUGAGGUAGGGUGGGCAGGGCCACCAUCAGAAAUUGUGGGGCCCCUAACAUAGCUCAAGGUCUGGGCCCCUGGGUGCCCGCCUCCAAGCCCCACCUCCAAAUCCCGCCCCCUCCAAGCCCCACCUCCAAAUCCCGCCCUCAGGAAUACACACACACGGACACAGACACACACACAGGAAGAUACACACAUACUAACAGACACAAAUACUAACAGACACAAAUACUGAAACAGACAUACACACAUAUAGACACAUACACAGAUACACACAUACUGACAUACAGACACACACACUGACGUACAUACAUACUCACAUACUGACAAACACACAUACAUACAUACAUACUGACAAACUGACACACAUACACAUAAAUACAUACUGACAUACAUACAUAAUGGCAUACAUACACAUUAUUACACGGCCGCAGUGCUGACCGGGCCCCUGAAGAUAUAGGGCCCAUCGGGUGGCCCUAAAUGCUCGGGCCACCUGAUGGGCCCUGGUGCAGAUGCUCCUGUGGCAGUUUCGCCGCUCCAUGUGGGGCCUGGACAGCCGGGCCCCCAGGGCUGCCGGGCCCAUGACAAUCAUCAUGGUUGUCACCCCCUGACAACCAUGAUGGUUGUCACCCCUUGAUGGCGGCCCUGAGGGUGGGAGCUUCCCAGAAAAGCACUUAGAACCAUUUUUUUUAGUGUUCCUAACUAUUGACUUGUUACUAUUUUUGUUUCAAACAGCUAAAGAAAUGUCAAUAAUUGUUAAAAUGCUAACAUUGCAUUCUCAGGUUCUCAGCUGUUGCCACAAAACUGUUAAUGAUUGGUAAAUAGUGACUGCCAAAAUGUUAACAUCUUCUGUAGAUAAGAAAUGAUAAAUGCUAAGUGACACCUAGUUUUUGUGCUACUCCUUGUCGGUAUUUGUCUAAAAAUUAUUCCUGAUUCAUCAAAGUGCAAGGAAAAAUCUCAGCUGAUGCCUGCAAACUCUCAAUUCAUCUUAUAGGAAACAAAUAUAUUUAUCCCAAAUUAAAAUAUUCCUGAUUUACCAAGGUGUAAAUAGAAAAAUAGAAGUUAAAGGACCACUAUAGUGCCAGGAAAACAUACUCCUUUUCCUGGCACUGUAGUGCCAUGAGGGUGCACUCCCCCCACCCCCCCUCCCAUCCCCCACCCCAUGGUCCCACUCCCGCCGGGCUGGAUGGCAAGGAAAGGGGUUAAACUUACGUUUUUUCCAGCGCCGGGCCGGGAGCUCUCCUCCUCCUCUCCGCCUCCGAUCCUCCUCUUCGGCUGAAUGCGCAUGCGUGGCAGGAGCUGCGCGUGCAUUAAGCCGGUCUCAUAGGAAAGCAUUUACAAUGCUUUCCUAUAGACGCUGGCGUCUUCUCACUGUGAUUUUCACAUUGCGAAGCAUGCAAACGCCUCUAGCGGCUGUCAAUGAAACAGCCACUAGAGGCUUUAUAGGCUGGAUUAACCCAUUUAACCCCUUGUACAAAUGUUUGAUAUAGUUUACAAUGCCCUACUGGGCAUUAUUCACUAUGUCCUCCACUUAUAAAUCUAUCAAUAAAGUACAAACACCUGGAAUUGAGUGCUGAGCAAAGCCCCCUGCGCAUGUUUCAACAAACUUGUCCAAGUCACUGCUCGUCGUCCAAUCAAAAGCUUCUCAUAGAGAUGAACUGUUUGGACUGCUUUCAUGUUCAGGGUGCAUACCUGCACGUGGAACCAAUGAGGGGAGGGAGGGCAGAGUGAAGCUUUCUUUUAUAUAAAAAAAAAGAAGUGAACAUUGAAAGUAUAGUGAGGCGGUAGUGCAGGGAGAGUGAGAAUGCACGCUGAAGGUUUCCUUGCAUGCAGCAUAUACAAAGGGAAGCUCGGCGAGAAGUUCAUGACAUCUUUUGCUAGCGCGACGACUGACAUUUUUGCACAGAAUAGACAUCAGGCAUUCGGGAACAGAGUUCUUGGCUUUCUAAUGAGGUGUUACUAGCCCCUGGCACAAAACUGCAAAUACCAUUGCUGCACAAAACAAACGCUGCACAAACAGAUUCAUGCUACCAUGACCACUUCUAAAAGCAGACGUGGUCAUGGUUGUUGGAGUAACCCUGUAAUGUCAGAAUAACUGAAAUUCACUUUGAAUUCUAACAUUAGUAAAAAUAACAGUCAGAGUUUUAUUCAUAAUUAAAGGGACACUAUAGACACCCAGACGGCUUCAUCUCAUUUAAAUAGUCUGAGUUAAGUCUCCCUGUCUCCUUAACUCUGCAAGGGAAAAAACUGCAAUUUCAGAGAACUGCUACUAGAGACACUUCCUGUUUCCACUGAGUGGAUCGGUUUGGUAUGGUACGCUAUUUUGACUGUUUCCAUUAUGAAAGUGGCCCAUACAACCGAACCAUACCGCACCAUUCAUGGUCCUCCUUCAGAUGUAGGGCCAUAGGAAAUGGAACGGUACGGUUGGGGCGGAGCUACUAGCGUCACACUUUACAAUCCAUUGAUUGGCAGACAGGAAAUGACACGCUAUGCAUUUUUCCUAAACCUUGCAUGGCCCCUGGCGGUCCGACUUGCAGUGGAAACGCUCACCUGAAUAGGCUGGACCAUUCUAAACCUUCCAAACUGUAUCGACCCGAACUGUUCCGCUAAGUGGAAACGAGGCAUUACUGCAUUCUAACUUUUUGACUGAGAUUAACUCUGUGAAACAACGUUGGACGCCCUCAUGCUUAACAUGAGGAUGUCUAGAAUCUUUAAAAUGCACAUCAGAAAACACUGAUUUAAAGCUUUCCUAUGGGUAAGGUCUAAUGCGCAUGCAAUGCUCACCGCGCAUGCAAAUUAAGUUCCCCCAUCGUCAUGAUGUCACUGGAGGAGGAGACAGCCAGCACCGAGGGACCUUGGUGCUGGAAAUAAGUAAGUGCAAAAGGGGUUUCUUAACCUUUUAAGCACCGUCUGGGGCUUGCGGAAGCACAGGGACACUAUAGCGCAGGGGUGCCCAAAAGGUAGAUCCCAAGAUGUUGUAGAACUCCCAUGAUGCACUGCAUGUCUUAGCAUGCCUUUAAAAUGACAAGGCAUCAUGAAAGUUGUAGUUUGAAAACAUCUGAGGAUCUACCUUUUGAGCACCCCUGCUAUAGCAUUUGGAAUACAGUUUUGUACUCCUAACGCUAUAGCGGCCCCUUAACCGAAUUCCAAAAUGUACACACCUUUUAAGUACAUCAUAUAUUUAAAUUUUCAAUUCAUUCCAAUUCAAUGUUUUGUGAAUGAUCUGUUGAGAGCAACUUCUCCAAUUUGAUAAUAGUUAUAUAGGGAAAUAUAUAUUUAUAGAGACAUUAUGAAAGUAUUGUAUAUGUUUGUGAUUUGUUUAUGGUAUGAAGACGGCUUUUGAUGGCUAAUGAUUUCAAAUAACUCCCUUUUUGUUUUCUGUUUUUAGGCUGCUUCUACUCCUAAAACAUUCAUUAUUUUAAUGUAUCAAAUUACAAACAGAUAAAAUACUUCAUGUUAAGAAAUAGCUAAUAAUGUAUCAGAAAGACAUGUGCAAACACAGGCUUUAGUCUGCAUGUUAUUUAAAUAGUUCAUUAUUUUUUGUUUGUUUGUUUGUGUGAUCUUAGUUGCUGUGUACGUUAUAGCACAGAAACAAAGAGAGAAGAUACUGCCAGAGUUAAUCUGCAGACAAUGAGAGACAUUACUGAAUCAAGUGUUAAUGUUUCCUGGAUUUAUACUAUCUAUGGUUGAAGUUAAAGGAUUUGCAUUAAGUGCAAUAAUUAAAAAUCUAGUUAGUGACCUUUCAAACAUUGAGAUUGAUUGAGUAAUCUUGUUUAGUUAAUGCAUAAACGUGGACAAUGUCUUCUGAUAGGAAGUGAAUCAAAUAAAAAUAAUACGAGAACUUUUCCUGGAAAUACAUGAUUAAAAUAUAACUUUUAUUGCUAUCCUAAAAAAUAGGAGUCAAAAUAAAAAAAAAUAUUGUAGAUCAAUAAUAUUAAAAUAUGCAGCAAAGUUAAAAGGGAACAGAAGUUAUUCGAUCUAACACAGAAUGAUUAGCACGAUAGAAUUGAAAGGUAGCAACGAGGUAACCAUAAAUGUAUCGCUAGCAACAUAGAUGUAGCACAGGGGUACCAAAAAGGUAGAUCCCCAGAUGUUUUAAAACUACACCUUCCAUGAUGCGUUGUCAUUCUAAAUGCAUGCAAAGCAUCAUGGCGUUGUAGUUCUACAUCUGGGGAUCUACCUUUUAAGCACCUCUGAUGAGGCAGAUCUUAUAGAAGACACUGUGAAUGCUGUCUCUUCAAGGGGGCUUUGAAGCACCAGAACUCUACAGUUGGAGGAGGGGGUGGUGGGAUUUUAGUGCUUUUUAUUUUUAAUGUAAAGUCAGACAACUGCUUCUCGAAGCAGCCUUCUAUUAUAAAAAUAAUUAUCAAUAGUAUAGUGCUCUGUCAGCCUACUUAGCGACAAUGUGUUGUGUCCCCCAGAUGACAUUUGGGAAGAGGAGCUGGAAAACAGAAGUUUGCUGCCCACUCCUCUACUAGUAAUGUAGUGUGGUGGUAUUGAAUAGCUGGUAGUGCAGCAUGUGCUUCUUUUUGCUUAUACAUUGAUUGAGAUCCCAGAAUGAAUCAGCAGCUUGCUGUCCUUGGGUGGGAGGAGGGGGCAUAUCAUAGAAAGGCAGGAUUUGUCAUGAUAUAUUGCCACCUCUCUGUUAGUGUGAGGAUCAUUGAGUUUUCGUUUGGUAUCAAGACACGGGUGUUCCUGAAAUCUAGCAACACCCCUGUCUCUCAUAAACGUAGACAGAAUUCUAACUGGUGGAUCUUUCAGACAGUUGUGGUUCAAUAAAAUCUUGGGGUUACAGUUUGACACUGCUGAUGUACAACAUAAAAGCAUUCUAGUGGACGUUCAUUGACUUCAGUAUCUCUAUAUGUACAUUUAUUGGACAUUGAUGAAAAGAAAAGGCUGAGGAGAAAAAAGAUUCAGUAAGUACAUACACUGAUCGUCCACAACAUUAAAACAACUCACAGGUGAAGUGGAUAACAUUGAUUAUAUUGUUAUAUUAUUUUUAUAUUAUUUGUUAUUGUCAUAUUAUUGCACCUGCCAAUGGAUGGGAUUUAUUAGGCAGCAAGUGUACAGUCAGUUCUUGAAUUUCAUGUGUUGGAGGCAGGAAAAAUGGGCAAGUGAAAAUAUCGGAGUGACUUUGACAAGAGUCAAGUAGUGAUGGCCAGAUGACUGGGUCAGAGCAUCUCCAAAACAACAAGUCUUAUGUGGUGUUCCCGGUUUGCAGUGAUUAGUACCUACCAAAAAGUGGUAAAAUGAAGAAAAACUGGUGCACUUGGGGAGUGAAGGCUAGUCCAUCUGGUCCGAUCACACAGAAGAGCUACUUAGCUACUUAGGUCGAAUUGCAUAAAAAUGUAAUGCUGCCCAUGAUAGAGAGGUGUCAGAAUAACAGUGCGUUGCAGUUUGCUGCGUAUUGGGCUGAAUAGCCGCAGACCGGUCAGAGUGCCCAUGAUGAUUCCAGUCCACCACCGAAAGCGCCUUCAAGGGGGACAUGAACAUCAGAAUUACCUACCUAGAGAUUCUUGCAAACCACCUCCACCACUUCAUGGCAAUGGUGUUCCCUGCUGGCAGUGGCCUCUUUCAGGAGGAUAAUGUACCCACAGCCGGACUGGGGAUACAAAGCAGCCCUGAAAAAAAAAAUCUAUGCCAACCCCAUAAGUCAUUGUGCCAUAUAUUAUCGCAUGUAAUAUGUAAGGCUAUGUGUUGCCACCCUAGAUGAUUGAGUAAUAUAUAUGUAACAAAUGAAAAAGAGAUGCACUCUAAGGUCUUUAGAAGAAAUCACUGGUCUUUAAUAUCCAACAAAGUUACAUAAAUUCGAUCGACGUUUCGACCUCUUCAGGUCUUCCUCAAGAUCUUGAGGAAGACCUGAAGAGGUAGAAAUGUCAAUCGAAUUUAUGUGCUUUGUUGGAUAUUAAAGACCAGUGAUUUCUUCUAAAGACCUUAGAGUGCAUCUCUUUUUCAUUUGUUAUCCAUACUCAGCGUGGGAUUGCACCAGGGCAUUUUUUCUCUAUAUGUAGACAACAUGAAAGGGUGAGUGCCACUAUACUUAUACAUGUCUCUCUCUAUAUAUAUAUAUAUAUAUAUUUCUUUUUCUAAUAUAAAAUAUUGGUCCUUUCAGAGUAAAACGUUUAAUUAUACAGUAAGCAUACUCACAUGCAGACACAGACAAUCUCACUGACACACACAAGCUCAUUGAUACACAGCCUCAUAGACAAACAAUCUCACUGACAUACAUAAGCUCAUUGACAUAAAAACACAAGCUCACUCACUAGCAGGCACACACACAUGCAAGCAAGCUCACUCACUAGCAGUCGCACACACACACACACACACACACACACACAAACAAAGCUUAAUGUAGUGGUUCUGGUGUCUAUAGACUAUCCCUGCAGGCUUUUCAAUGUAAACACUGACUUUUCAGAGAAAAGGCAGUGUUUACAUUGCUUCCUAGUGACACCUCUAGUGACAGACACUCAGACAGUCACUAGAGGUUCUUCCUGUGUCAGUGCGGAUUGGCUGAGAUCAUCAAGCUUGGAGGCAGGGCCAGUUGAGGGGAGACGUUGGAAAAAAAAAGGUAAGUAAAAACACAAUUUUUAAAAACACACACAGACAUACACAUACACCAUGACACACAGAGACACACACAUACACCACGACAGACACACAUAUACCAUGGCAGACACACACACACACACACCCCAUGACACACACAUAUAUCAUGACAGACACACACCAUGACACACACAUACCAUGACAGACACACAUAUACCAUGACAGACACAAACAUACCAUGACAGACACACACACACCAUUACAGACAGACACACACCAUGACAGACAGACAAAUACACACUCCAUGACACAGACAGACACACACCAUGAUACAGACACACUGUGACACAGACACACACACACACCAUGAGACAGACACACACAUCAUGAGACAGACAGACAGACACACACACAGACCAUGACACAGACAGACACACACACUGUGACACAGACACAAACACACCAUGAGACAGACACACACACCAUGAGACAGACAGACAGACACACACACCAUGUCAGACACACACAUACCGUGACACAGACACACACACACAGCAUGACACAGACUGAUACACAUAAUUGUUGCUACCUGUGGGCAGACAGAUGGGUGUGCUGGCGGCCGCAAGGAGAGCUCUUCUGGCGGCUGCAGGGGGAGCUGGCUGUGCUGUCUCUACUCCCCAGCGCGCAGCUUAAUGAGACCGGGGCCGGAAUAUGACGUCAUAUUCCGGCCCCGGACUUAUUAAGUAGCGCGCAAGUUCGCAGAGACAGAACAGCCAGUUCCCCCUGCGGCCGCCAGAAGAGCCAGCUUCCCCUGUGGCCGCAAGUCAGCCAACUGUCUCCGACGGCCCACCGGGAAAUUUCCUGGUAUCCCGGUGGGCCAGUCCGGCCCUGAAUGUACCCUGUUACACUGCAAAAAGUUUUCAAGAAUAGUUUGAGGACGAUACAAAGAGUUCAAGGUGUUGCCUUGGCCUCUAAAUUCGUCUGAUCUCAAUCCAAUUGCGCAUGUGUGGGAUAUGCUGGAACAACAAAUCCAAUCUAUUGAGGCCCUACCUGGCAACUUGCAGGACUUAAAGGGUUUGCAGCUAAUAUCUUGGUGCCAGAUACCACAGGAAACGUUCAGAGGUCUUGUGGAGUCCAUGCCUUGACGCAUCAGAGCUGUUUGGGCAGCACGAGGAGGACCUACCUGAUAAAAGGCAGAUGGUUUUAAUGUUGUGGCUGAUCAGUGUAGUUUUACUGAAAGGUUCAAGACUAAAACAUUUUAACUUUAAUCAGAAUACACGCAAUAAUAUAUAUAAACAAUAAACCUGGGAGAUAUAUAAUUAUUUUUAAUGUAUUAUAUUUUUUCUAUUUUUCAUCUCUUGUAUGCUUUUUAGAAUAUGUUCCAUACGUCUAGAUGCAGCUCACCAAUUCUGUAUAAUAGCUUCAUGUAUUCCGAAGAAGAACUAGACAGUGGAGUCCCAAGGUAAUGUUACCAAAUACGAAAUACAUGUAGUAUCAAUUCUUAUCAUAAACAUCCAUCUAAACAUGUUUGCCUGGCACUCAAAAAGGUGGUCUUAGAAAUUAUUUAGCCAUGAUGGAAGAUAUGAUUACAAAUUAUUUUUCAAAAGUGUAAUUUAAUUAUACAUUAAUUAACCAAAAUUCUUAACAAAAAUGAGUGUUAUGUUUUAUAUACAUUAGCUUAUCUACCUCCCUAAAUCAUGCCCUACCCUUGGGCAUACACAAUAUUCCCUUUUUAUUUACCCGCUUAUUUCUGACCUCUUGUUAUGCCAUCUAAUUCAUUGGCUUAGAGAUUAUCCUUUAACCGUCAAAUUACACCAGCUUGCAAAUAAUAUGUUUAAUGUCACUUAAAAUAAUCAUCUUUAUUAAAGGACCACUAUAGUGCCAGGAAAACAUACUCGUUUUCCUGGCACUACAGUGCCCUGAGGGUGCCCCCAUCCUCAGGGUCCCCCUCCCGCCGGGCUUUGGGGAGAGGAAGGGGUUAAACACUUACCUUUCUCCAGCGCCGGGCGGGGAGCUCUCCUUCUCCUCUCCUCCUCUUCGGCUGAAUGCGCAUGCGCGGCAGGAGCCGCACGCGCAUUCAGCCAGUCUCAAAGGAAAGCAUUCAUAAUGCUUUCCUAUGGACGCUGGCAUCUUCUCACUGUGAUUUUCACAGUGAGAAGCACGCAAACGCCUCUAGCGGCUGUCAAUGAGACAGCCACUAGAGGCUUUAGAGGCUGGAUUAACCCAUUUAUAAACAUAGCAGUUUCUCUGAAACUGCUAUGUUUAUAAAAAAAUGGGUUAAUCCUAGAGGGACUUGGCACCCAGACCACUUCAUUAAGCUGAAGUGGUCUGGGUGCCUAAAGUGGUCCUUUAAAAAUCCAAUCAAUUUAUUCAAUAAAAGGAAUAGAAACAACAAAACAUGGGUAAUGGCUGUAUAAUCUAAAAGAGAACACAAAACAAAAACAAAAAAUAGCGUGAUAUUGUUAUAAAUUAUAUAUGUGCGCUAAUAAUCUUUGCACUAGCGCACACAUAGAAUUUAUAACAAUAUCACACUAUUUUUUGUUUUGUGUUCUCUUUUUAGAUUAUACAGCCAAUUCCCAUGUUUUGUUGAUUCUAUUCCUAUUGAAGUAAGAUCCCCAUCUGGGAGGUGAUCAGUGGGAGGCUGUCCUGUUUACUAUUAGGAUAAGUAUAUGUUAUACUUUAUCCCACCAUCUACACAUUUAUUUUUGUGGUGAUAGCACAUUUCCAUUAUUUAAUAAAAGCAAGAUUGGUUACUUGGUAUGGCUUGUAAAAGCGUUCAUGUUUUUUGCUCGAAUUUUAGAAUUUCAAUUUCAACCUCUAUUUCUGCUAGUGAAUAUUUGUCUAAUCCACUUAAUGUCUAAAAAAGUUAUGUUGGAAGGUAAUUCACUAAAGUGAGAAUUCAAGGUGGGUUCAAAGUGAAUUUCUGUUCUAAGACCAAAGUAACAGAACUGAAAGCAUAGUUUACUUAGAAAAUAUAUAUUUGCCCCAUAUUGGUCUUAAAUUUGAAAUUAGCUUAGAAUGCAGUUUGAAUUCUCAUUCUGGUAAAUAAUCAUUUGAAAUUUAAUUGUGAAUUAAUGAUCUGAUUGCUUAACUGUUUACAUUAGUUUAAACAGCAGUGCAUCAAGUUCUGAAUUUUAUGGAUCCCAGUAUAAAGCCGACUAUUGGCCUAUGAGAUGUGGCUUACUAGAAGGUGCUUUGGAAAAUGAGUUAUUCAGAUCUGAGAACAGGAGAGCAGUUCUUGGAGAUAGUCUCGAAAAUGCGCUUUAUGCUCUACAGCAUCAAAGGAGCUGUCUACAUGACCAAGAAAAUGAUAUUAUGAGCAAUCAAUCAAGACUUGAGAACUUGCUACAAAGGCAACAGGUAGGUUUACAAGGUUUGUUUUUUUAAUGUUUAAAGAAAAUAAAGAAACGUUUCAGAUUCCCUUGUUUAUUUAAUUGUCCAUAUUCCCAUUUAUGAACAGACAGUUUUGCAAUUAUGCCACCGGUUAUACCAUUGCUGUUGUUUCUUAUUGUUAUUUAGGCAUUUUGACAAACACACAUUGUUGGGUGUAAAUGUAUUGGUCCGGUGGGGGGGUAUAGACCUACGUUAGACAGCUUCCUUCAGAGAAAAGGCAGUGUUUACAUUGUUCCCUAAGGACAUCUCUAGUUGCAGUCACUCAGACGGUCACUAGAGGUGCUUCCUGGGUCAGACAUUCAGAGGAGACAAUGAACUUUCCCCAUAAUCAUACAAUAAUUCAAUGCAUCUCUAUGAGGAGAUGCUGAUUGUCUAGCAAAGUGUUGAUCUCUGCCCCCUUCCCACCUCCUUGGCUGAGAUCAUCAGAACUGAAGCCAAUCCAAUGAAUUCAAGCUAAACAUGAUUUGAAUUUAUAAACCAUUACAUAUAAUUUGAUAUUUUGAUUUAAUCAGAAUUUGGAAUCAAGAAUGCACAGCCUGAAACAAAGUGACAACUUCAGAAACUCAAUGACUCCAUAUUCCAGUGAAAUAAAUGAUAAAAAGGACUGGAGGUUCCUAACAAAAUUACCAACUGAUUCUGAUUGUGUUAAUAAUAGUAGGUAAGUAGGCAUGAGAUAUUGUUUCUUGUCGUUGUUGAUAAAUUGAUCCACAGUUUCGAUUAUGAAUGGUGGAAUCUGUCUGUCUAUUGACUAAAGAAAGGACAAAAGAAAAGAACAGGCUAUCUAUCUAUCUGUCUAUCUAUCUAUCUAUCUAUCUAUCUCGUGACAGAAUAGAGAACUAGGCACUCACAUAUGGCUGUGUAGUAUAGAGACAAUAGAUUGAAGAUCACAAUGAUUCAGCCCUGAGAUGGUCCUUGGUGAAGUCAUUGAUGGACUAAGACAGAUGACUUUUCACUAGGUCUCUACCUGAUUUAGAUUUUUCUUCCACAUCCCAGGACAUCAGACAGUGGAAGGAAGAGUAUAGGACAGCCACCUUGUUUUUUAAAAUUUACCUCUACCUCUUUUUCAACUGCCUAAAUGUUACUGAAUACAAUAAACCCAGUCCUGACACAUGAAUAAAAACAUAUACGUUGACGGCCCCUUGGCUGGGGUCUCUCCAUCGCUUCCCACCCUGGAACAGGGUUCGGGGUACAGCUUCAAGCUCUGCUGCAGAGAGCAUAGCUGAUCCACCCAAACACUAGCCCAAACUGAGUGAAGGGUGAAAAGGAACUGCUUUAUUAUGGCCAAGUGUCUGCUUAUAUACACCCCCCCAGAAUGGGGUCUCCAUUCAAUACAAGACAAGCCUUUCCCAGAGAUCUCUGUGCCUGGGAGAUAAUUGCGUUAAAGACUGGUAAGCUAAUUAUCUCCCAUUAACAGAGAGGCAAACACAAAAACAUAAAGCAUAAAAAUACACUAAAACAUCAUACAAUUAUACAAUAACCCCACAAAUAAUACAUCCCCAAAAAGCCCUGAUCAGAGCGCCCACGUUUUUCAAAUAGCACUCAGAUCUAUGCAGUGUAGCGGAAACACCACUGUGUUUAAAUUCUGACCGGCCGUACAUGUGUUCCUAUGCCCAAAAUAAUUCUAUGACGUUUGGUGCUUUUGCCGGUCAACUUUUGGGAGUUCCUGUGGCCGCAAUACAGGGUGCUCCGCCUGGCUCUCAGGUAGCGUUUGUUCCCCUGUGGGUCGUAGUGGUUUAAACCCUGGACCAAGUUGUCUAGGAACCGCACUGUCCCCUCAUGCCGAAAACCGUUCCAUAACAUUCGCGGCUAAGUACCGCUGAGGUGACUGGGAACCCACAGAGUCCCCAUGCCGAAAUUAGUUCCAUAGCGGUCGCAGCUAAGUACCAUUGAGGACCAUUCAUAGGUUUGGUUCAUAUGAACGGCCGCCAGGGAGCUAGCAUUCGGUUCCAUUCGAAUGAAGGGAAAGUGUCGAACCAGGGGCACCCAGGGAAAGUUGCUAAUGGCAGCUGGGGAGGGUAACUCCCAAACAGGGUCUCAGACCUGUACCAUAGUCGGUGGGCAGGAGGUCAGUCUCCACACUCCUCCAGGAGUUUGUGGCAAAUGUCUGAGGUAAAGAGCGUUUGUUACAUAAAUAAAUAACGUUAUACCUCCAUUCCUCAUAUCAAUUAUUAACUUAAUUCUCUCGCACUGUAAUAAGUUGGAUUUAGAUUCCGUGACAGUUACCUUCAUUUACACAUGACAUUGUUUACCUUUUCUUGAAGAUUUUAAUUCAAUAUAUUGAAUAUAUUGCAAGUUAAGUGAUUGUGUGUUUGUGUUUGUAUGCAUGUCGAUUUUCCUGGUGCUCCACUUCAUUUUCACUAUGUUUUCCUCCCUAUCAUUCCAUGAGACCUUUAUCAUUGUUCUUACAUAAAAAAACCUGUGUUAUUUUAUUGAGCAGAUUGUCUAUAAUUAUUUGCUCGUAGAACAUGAUUUUAUUUGUGUGUUGUUUAACCCUUUUCCUACCAAUACGUGGGUAUACACUUGCUAAUAUUUGCAUUGUAAUGUGAGGCAACGCUGAAUUUUGACCCAUAAACUCCUAUUUGCCUUUCCCUUUGCUUCAAUCAUGGUGUCCACACUGCAGAGAAAAAAUUUCACUGACAAGGUCUCAUUGUGUCCAUCUACAUUUCUGCAGAGAGACUGUAAGUGGCAGCCAUUUUUUUUCUUCCAUAUUCUCUCUACAGCAUAUUUUAUAGAACAAACUGUGUGGUUUCCUUCUAGCAAUCAGCUACUAGGUUUGUGUUUUGUGCAUCCUACUUUUCAAAUAAAUGUUAUAUUAUGGGUUUUUUUUUUAACUAAAAGAAUUUGCAGUGCGUUUACUUGGUUACUUGCAUUAAAUACGACUUGCUUUUUGCAAUAUAUUCUGUUUUCAGGAUUAAUACAUUGGAAAGGGAGAUUAAUAAUAUUAAUCAGAAAAUGAAAACCUGUGUGGCUGUAAGAACAAGUAAUCAUUCAAAUGGAUUGAGCUUGUGUAUGAAAAAACAGCAAGAGCUUGAAGAGGUACGUCUCUGCUCUAUAAAUCCUAAUCUAAAAAACAGAAACAUUUGUGAGAAUUACCGUUUACUUACGGACACUUUAAGCACCAGAACAACUUUAGUUAAACGGAGUGGUUUUGGUGUAUAGAUCAUGCCCCUGCAGUUUCAAUUCUCUGCUUUUUAUGAGUUAAAUCACUUUGUUUAUGGUGCCCUAGUCACACCUCCCUGCAUAUUACCGUCUCUCUACACACUUUUUAGAUGUUUUUAUCUCCUGUUCUUAUUUGCUUGCUGGUGCCUGCAGCAGCAACCUGUGUGUGAGUAAAGUUCAGAUAGGAAAGUUUAAAGUAAACACACUGUGCUGUUUUUAUCAUGGAGGCUAUGUGAGUCACAGCCAGGGCAUGGCUGCAGCUGCAAAAACAUUUUAUUUCAAUCUUAAAUGGCAGAAAAUUGAAAAGAGACAGUCCAUGGGAAUGAUCAAUACAGUGUAAGUUUUGGUGCUUCGUGUAUCUCUUUAAGUUAAGAAAACCUUUGAAAGCAACAAUCCAAGAAUCAUAAGCACCACAGUGCUAUGAAGUGGUUCUGGUGCAAAGAGUACCCCCCAAUAUAAGUAAUCAAACCAUUUGGGGUCUGCCAGGCACCAAAGCUUUCAGAGAGACAGAAACUAAGCCUAGAGGUGCAGGGCUUAGGUCAUUAGCUGAGAGCUUCUGGGUUUCCAGGCUGGAAAGAGGAGGUGGAAAGUGGUGCGUGACAGACCCCAAGUAAGACAUCUAACUGGUCUAACAUGUGCUAUAGUGGUUAUGGUGCUUGGAGUGUUCCUCUCACAUAACAUGUCACCUACACCUUCCAGCUGUAUAAAGUUAACCACAUGAUACAUUACAAUCCAAGCUUAACUUUGAUGGGGUGGUUGCACAUGACCUCCUUCCAUCUUUCUCUGCACUCCCAGUGAAGUUGUUAUGGUACCCAUACAACCUAAAGUGGUUAAAUCCUCAGGGUUGAAUUUCAAAGUUACGCAGAUGGUGCCCAUUUGCUCAUUCUCCUGAUGCUUCAAUAAGAAAGACUUGCACUAGGCACAAAUGGGAGUGUCUGCUGAUAUUCUUAGUCUAUCACUAGUUCCCCAUUCAGAAAACUGAGAAAGGUAAGCAGUGACCAUACAUACUAACAGUUUAGCACAUUGGAGUUGUUGAAACAAGGUAUGCAUUGUAAUUUCAAACCAAGAACAAGUAAACACAUCGUUGGCAGUGAAGGCAUUAAAAAUUAGCUAUGGCUAUUGUUUUCAUGAUAUGGCUAAGUAUGAGACAUUUCACAAUACUAUAUUUUCCCAGGCUAGAAGAAGCUAUUCUGUUUGCAAUCUACAUAGCCUGUGUACUUUAGAUAUUGUUCACGAAAUAAUCUUAUGAAUGUAUGUGCCUUGCAGAACAAACAACAGCACAGGAAUAUGAAAUAUUUUCAACAUUUCAUAUCCCUCGAUAAUGUUGUGAAAUGUAGGAUCAAUGUCAUACAUAGGAGCAACGCUAAGUUAUGAAAUAAUAUCCAAGAGUUUUUGCAGUAAUCUGUCUGCCUGCAUUGCUUGCUUUAAGAAUCAACAAUGGCCACUCCUGAUCUACAUGUCCAGACAUGACGAGGAUGCUUUGUAAUAAAGUAUCCUUUAAGGCAAGCAAAUUGUUGACAUUCCUUUUCCCAUAAAUGCACAAAUUCAGUUAGAGAAUGUUUCAGCUAAUUAGCAAAUAAUAGGGUGUGAUACGAAAAUAUUAAACUUGAGAGUACUUAACCUUCUAAAUAGUUAAAUGACUCAGUUAUACACUUGAGAGCUUAAGAUUCUGUCUGAUAUUCUGCCCAUUCAACAAAGAUUCAACAAAGCCACCAUAAGACUCUGUUUACCUACCCUGUGGUUCUGCUGCUUAAUGUUGAUAUUGUAGCUGUUCACCCCAACAUUCUGUCCAUUUCAUUAGCAAAAAAGAGAAUCUGUUACCCUAAAAAUAUAAUGCGUCUGAGAGUAAGUGGUCUGGGUGCCUAUAGUGUCCCUUUAAUCAAGACAUUUAAAUCUAAUAUUCUGUUCUAAAGCUAGGGCAAUCACUGUGGCAACUAGUGCAAUCAGCAGGUACUUUCAAUUGGUGACACUUCCCCUUUUACAUUUUGCAUCACUUUUUAGAACACAGCAGUUUGAUAAGUCUCCUCGAUUUGUGAACAUAAAAAUGACCACACACAGGUUGGAGGAUUCUAACUUGCACAAUAUAAAAUUUCCACAAAAAGGAAUACACCUUAUGUGAUUAUAAAAUAAUUUCGGCCAGGUACUCAGUCAGACCCCGGUCAGUUUUUAAAGCAACCGAAAUAGACCGUAUAAGUGUCCAUUUAUAAAAAUCUAACGCUUUUUAUUUCCCCCUUGGGAUUUAAUUAAAACAAAAAAUAUAGUACAAAUAAUAGUGGUAUUAUUAUACGAGGAAAACAAAAAGAAUUAACCUAGGGCCAAAAUUUAGAUUUCACAAGGUAGAGGGCACAAAAAAAAGGGGGGUAACCCCUAAAUGGUGAAUAUCAUAGAGAAUAAAAAAAAAAAAAAAUGCCAUUCUACCUGUGUAUGAUUUACUGAGAAAAUUGUAGGUUAAAAAGUAACUUUUAAUAAAUAAAUCUAAAAGAAAAAUAUAAAAAAGAAAAAUAUAAAAAAGAAAGAUAUAAAAAAGAAGCUUCACUGGCGAAACAUGCACGUCAGGGGCUCUGGACACUUACUGACACAUUAUUGGUGUCGGCACCUAACUCUGCUUAUCUAUUGCUAAAUUACCGACAUCAAGUUCAUUCAUCUCCAGCAUCUCAGGAGUGCAUAUUGGAGACUCUUAACACUAAUUUUGUGUACUCUGUACAUACUUUAUUUCUCUUUCUUUUUCCUUUAUUAUGUUUAUAGGGGGAGAUUGAUAAGACCAGGCAUUUUAUUAAGGGGUGCCCUCGAAGGCACAAGACUCAGGAAUCUUUAUUAUAUAUGCCUUUAUUCUAUAUCCCUUCCUCUGUCACUGUCUGUAUAUUUUCUACUACCUAGGCAACCUGUUUAAAAACUGUUUGUAAACCCUCUUUUUAUACUUUGACCUAUUAUUUAGAUGCUGCUAGCACUUAGGCAACUUGCGUGACUUUUAACCGGUAUAUUUUCUACUACCUAGGCAACCCGUUUAAAAACUGUUUGCAACCUUUUCUUUAUACUUUGACCUAUUAUUUAGAUGCAGCUAGCAUUUAGGCAACUUGUGUGAUUUUUAACCGGUUAACUGCUGCCUGUCAGCAGUCCUUCACAGGUGAGCUACUACUUGGUGCUCCACUGUGGUCAAGCAUAAGUUAACAUCAUUCAGUGCAGGCAGCUGUUGUUACACUAGAAUAUACUGCUAGGUAUCUUGCAGAAAAAACGGAGCCUGGUCAGCAACCCCUUAUUUUAUACUUUAUUGCUUGACAGCAACCUUUAAUUUAUUAUCAAAAUGCUGCUAUGAUCUAGGCAGCUUUUGUGAUAUUUAACUGGCUAAUCGCCGUCUGUCAGAAAUCUGUCUUAGCUGAACCAUUAUCUUUGAUCUUUCUGAGGUUAAGCACCAUAGAACAUUAUCAAUUAUUGUAUGUGGAGUUAACCCAUGUCGUUAGUUGUACUAUCAUGUAGGGAUUUACUUAUCCAUAUCUUUUAACUAUUGACAGCACUGGUUUAGCAGUUGUCUUAUCUCCCCCCUCUUGUUACAGCUAUUAGUGAUAUAUAAUAUAGUAUCACUUCUAUUACUUGAGAAUACACUGUUAUAUUGUAGCUAAACAGUAUUGCUUCAGCAUUAGUGUUAUUAUGUAUACACUUUUACAGCUUGUAUAAGUAGUCACAGAGUUUUACUCGCUGUAUAGUCUCCAUUUACUCCUGCUGUUCAUAUUAUAUUUUUUUCUUUUUUAUAUUUUUAUUUUAGAUUUAUUUAUUAAAAGUUACUUUUUAACCUACAAUUUUCUCAGUAAAUCAUACACAAAUAAUAGUGGUAUACCCAAAUACAAAAUUGCAAGUACAGUAUUGGUUGGAACAGUGGUUCCCAAGCUUUUUAAGUUAAAGGCGCCCUUAAUGUUUCAAUAUUUUUCCAAGGCACCCUAAGUCAAAUGUUUGCCUGUCAGGGGCGGAUCCAGAACCUAAUCUCGGGAGGGGCACUUGUAGAUUAUUUAAAGAAACAAUCCAGGCUCAUUAACCACUACAGCACGCUGUAGUGGUUAUGGUGCCAGGAGUGCCGUGGCGCCCUCCCAGGGAAACUAGUCAAACUGUUUAAGAACAUACUAGAAUCUAGACAUACAAUCAGUGUGUGUAGGAGGGGCAGUGUGUACAGGGGCAGUGUGUAUGGAGGACAGUGUGUGUGUAAAGGGGGCAGUGUGUGUAUAGGGGGGAAGGGUAAGAGGAGGAGAGUAAAUUAAUAAAUAUAUUUUUUUUAUUUAUAAGUCCCAAUAAUCUCGAUAUCCCCCCUCCCUGCUUACCUUUGCCUGGGAGGGGGGACAUUUCCUGCAAUCCCUGGUGAUCUGGUGGAGAACCCUGGCGGUCCUGGUGGUGAGAGUGAACUCUAGCAGCCCAGGCUAGAGUACACUCUCACUAGAUUCGGAGCAUUGCCGUGGUAACCGCAGCAACGUUCCAAGCUCGCUUGAGGAGAACCCAGUGGUCAGAGCUCCUCCGGGUCCUCUCUCCCUCCCAUGCUGGCUGCUAGCAUUACACUGCUAGUGGGCCGGAAAGGGAGAUCUCUGAUCUCACCUUCGGUCCUGUAGAGCCGGCAGGGGAGAGGGACGCACAGUUCCUGGUGCUAUAAUUAUAGCACCGGGAAAAUAUCUUGCAGCUCCUAUAUGUGGCACCGUGCCACACAGUUUGGGAACUGCUGGGUUAGAAAAAACAAUUAUGUCUAUGUGUUUCGUGCAAAAGACUUUAUCCAUUGUCUAUGUUUUUGUCAUCAUCCAUUUUAUUUAUCUGUUUCUCUGCAGAUGCAAGAAGAACUGCACCUAUAUGCACAACAAAUGGCGACUAGGUGCAGGAGUGCAGAACAAGAAAAGGAUUCGAUGGACCUUGAGAUGGUGUCACUUCAUGCUGGACUCUUUCAAGCUAAAGUUGCGUCCAAUGGUCUGGAAAAAGAAUGUGUGAAGCUUCAUUCUCAGUUGUUAGCCAACAGAAAUGUAAGUAGCUAAUUCUAUAAAUGAGUCAUUGCUAAUGAAAAAAAAAUUACCUUGUUAUAAUUCAAAUGCUGGGUCUUAUUUAAUUAUUAUUAAUGAUUGUUUUAUUAUUGAAAAACAUGCAACUAAAUAUUUCGUAGACGUGUAAUAAGCAUACGUACAGAAGUUUUCAUCUGGGCAACACCAGUAGUUCGUCAUGUCCGGGGUAGACUCUUGCCUUGUCCUGUAAACAUGGGCCGUCUCUGUCUGUAGACGGAACUUCCGAAUCAUGAUACAAAGAACACAGUUUUAUCCAUUGUCCAUUCCAUUUGUUUUGUGAUUUCUCCAUACAAUAUUUCAGACGAAUUGCCCAAAAUUCGGACAAAGAGCAAUUUGCACAAGACCAUUGACCACGUGAAAUAUAAAUAAUUAAUAUAACACCUGGGUGCCUGGAAAGACUAUAGUGGUGGCUAAAAUAUCUGAAAUCCCACAUGAUAAGUGAGUUUGACUUUGAAGUUGAUUGUCAAUUAGAAGUAUGGUGAGAUGUAAAAGUGGUCUGAUCCCAACAAUACAAAGUAACCCCCACAAAAAAAUCACAAGCCUGUUUGUGCUAGCACAUCAUUGUACUAUAGAUAAAUGUUUCUGAUUUUAAGUUAUGAACAUUUAUAUUUGUAUUAUCAGUAUCUAGGGAUAUGUGGGAAAAUAUGAGUAUGGUGCAGCACCUAAUAUGUCCUUGGAAAUGUGAAGAUAAUAAAAGGAAGAAGCUGAUAGUGUAGUGUGUAACAUACAAUAUAAAAGAAGGUAAUAAAAAUUAUCCACUCACACUUUUCAGAAGCUUAGGUGUAGCUCCAACUUUCACUCGUGGACGGAAUGAUCCCCGCCUAGGGAUAUAAUGUGGUCCACAGGUGGUUGGUGUCUUACUCCGUAUGUAGGAUAAAAAGAGAAAAACACAAUAGUGUGUAACUGUAAAAUCUCAAAAUAAAAAGUAGAGAACUGAAAAUCUACUCACUAGUAAUGAAGCAAAAUAAGAUGUGCUCAAUGCAGUAGGCGUAGGUGGUUUUGUGUCCCCACCAAGGAUCUAGAUGUGUAUGAAUCCAGCAGCAAUCAAAAUGGUCCAGUAAAAAAGUACUUUUAUUAAAAAAUAAAAUAAAUUAAAACAGUAAAAAGUGAAAUAUACUAUUUUAUUUAAAUGUUAUUUUUUGUUUUUAUUAAUAAAAAUACUUUUUUACUGGACCAUUUUGAUUGCUGCUGGAUUCAUACACGUCUAGAUCCUUCUUCAUUUUAUUAUCUUCACAUUUCCAAGGACAUAUUAGGCACUGCACCAUCCUCAUAUUUUUCCUCUUCUCUGCCGGAUAAGAGAGACUCCGAACCCGGUGACUAAGCUGCCUUCCUGAAUUUUUCAGUAACCUGCAAGCGCUGAAUAUGUGCCUGUACAGGUUGGUGAUUAAUUACACAGGUCUCUCAGUGCCCAAAAGAUCAUUAUAUGCCCAAGUGGCUGCGUUUUGGGACAAAAUGUUUUUUUUUUUUUUUUCUGAUUUAGAUAAAUGAAAAUCUACAUUUGGAGGUAUCAUCAUUAAAGCAGCGUGCUCAAAAACUUGAAAAUACCGUGAAAGGAUCAGACAGCGAAAAGAAAUUUCUUAAUCUACAACUUGAAAACAUGGAGAGAGAAAGGCAACAGCUGCUGUCUCAAAAAGAAUUUCUACAGAGUGCGCUGAAGAAAGGGACAAAACACCAAAAAUCUAUUAUGAAGAAGAAUGAAAGGUAUAGUUAUUACGUCAUUGAUUUUACAUAAUUAUACCACUAUUUCUAUAACUCCAGAAAGGUCCAGUACAGUAUGUGUAUGAAGACUGAGGUGGCAAACCUUACAACAAUCAUAUUGGCAGGGUCAGAUUAAAGGAAUACUCCAGACACUAUAAACACUCCAUUGCAUUGGUUAUGGUGCUCAGAGUGCACCCCUGGCUGUCAUGGAGGAGGUGACAGGUGACAGGUGCCUGGUGGAUCCCAGGUAAGUUGUUAAACUGUUAGCAAAUGGCUUGACUACUUACAUGUGGGGGAUCUAGGACACUCCUGGUACCAUAACCUCUUCAUCACCCCACAGUGGUUAUGGUGCUUAAAGUGUUCCUUUAAGAUAAGUGCCCUUAGCGCAGAAACUACAGGCCCAUAGUUUUUUUAUGUACUAUUUAUUUCAAAGUCAUUCCAGAGUACGCAAACUGUAUACUAUGCUAGGUGGCAGUGUUUCCCGCUGCGUUCAACCUCAAUGCCAAAUACGUAACACGGCAAUCACACAGGACGGAGAACUCAGAGUCCACUUAGGUUAUCUAUAUCACAUGUGUAAUCUAUACCAACUACUGUGACAAUUAGAGAUGUCGCAAACCGUUCGCGAACUUCCCGCGAACGGCUCGCCACGAACCGUUCGUGGCGAACUCCGGUCAGCUGACACAUCCCGGCCAAUCUCCAGCAGACCCUCCCUCCCACCUCCCGGACAGCAUCCAUGUUGAAGGCAGCUUCAAUAUGGAUGCUGUCCAGGAGGUGGGACGGUCUGGGAGGGAGGGUCUGCUGGAGAUUGGCCGGGAUGUGUCAGCUGACCGGAGUUCGCCACGAACGGUUUGUGGCGAACCGCGGCGAGCCGUUCGCGGGAAGUUCGCGAACGGUUCGCGACAUCACUAGUGACAAUCUAUAUAUAAAUUCAACUUGUCUCACCGGUUUCUUUAUUCUCAGUGCAUUAUUUCCAAGAUACCUAUGUAUGAGUUUGUAUUGUUGCCAGCAGUUGUCAGUGUGUUUGUAGGUACACGCAUGUAGCGCAAUUUCCUAUUGAAGCCUCAGGAUUGCACUGACAUGUAUGAAUUAGCUCAGAAUAUCAGUCAAUAUGAGUAUGUAUUAACAACACAUUACACUUGUUAUUAUAAUUUCCCAGAUUUGUGAAAUAUAAGAAAUUAAAGGGACACUAUAGUCACCAGUACAACCACAGCUUAUUGUAUUUGCUCUGGUGAGUAGAAUCAUUAACUUCAGGCUUUUUGCAGUAACCACUAUCUUUUCAGAGAAAAUGCAGUGUUUACAUUACAGUCUAGUGAUAACUCCACUGGCCACUCCUCAGAUGGCUGCUAGAGGUGCUUCUUGGGGUAGAGCUGCACACUGAGCAGCACUGCUAUUUAGUGUCUCCACCAUCUGCAUGCAGACACUGAACUGAUUGAUUCAAUGCAUCUCUAUGCGGAGAUGCUGAUUGGCCAGGGCUGUGUUUGACUUGUGCUGGCUCUGCCCCUGAUCUGCCUCCUUGUCAGUCUCAGCCAAUCCUAUAGGGAAGGAUUGUGAUUGGCUCGAACCACCAUUUCUGAUUAUGUCAGCAGACAGCAGGUGGGCCAAAGGCGGUUCAGGGGCAGAGCCAGCAACUCAACUGGUAAGUUGUAAGAUUUUAUUAUAUUUAGGGAGGCAAGGUGGGACCAGGUGGGCUAGAUGGUGGUUUUAAUACUAUAGGGUUCAGAAAUACAUGUUUGUGUUCCUGACCCUAUAGUUUCCCUUUAACUUGUAAUUUAUACAAGCCAUACUAUAUUAAUAUGCGCAGUCUUUGCUCUCAUUGCAGUAAUGUUUGUUAGGGAUGUGGCAACACUCCUUCUAGUAUAUCUGCAAUAUUUACCUUAUACAAAAAAAAUCAAGUGGUUUAUAUUGACUAAUUGACGUUGAUCUUUCAUUAUCUUUCCCAUUUGUGACAGUCAGUCAACGUAUUUAUCUUUUGUAUUAUAUCACUGUACAAACAAUAUACAUACAACACCUGUGCAAAAGUGAUUAGUUUUUUUCUGUUUCCUUGGCUUGAAAACAAAUGUGUCCGUAUCUUUGAUGCGACUUCUUCAGGCUUAGCUUAUCGUUCGUACUUGCUGCCUAAAAGGAAUCUCAGAUUAAUUUACUUGACAACUGGAAACACAGAACACAAAGUUCUGUACCAGCAAGAAACAGGAUCCUCCGAAAGCUCACAAUAGAAAAGUGACUUUUGGUAUAUCUCCAAACUUCCUGCUACUGUGAGUAAUGUGAAUUAGAUUAGUAAAGCCACAGGGGAACCAUAGUAUAUAUAAUAUAGGAGCUCCCGAAGGCGAAAAGACAUUUGUGUAUUUGACAUUUAAAUCACACCAGUAUAUGAAUUUUAAUAAAAUACAUCAAUGUACUCCAAUAGGAGUAAAAGAACAACACUGUACUAAUUGGAGAUAUAGUGGGACAGAAAUAGGUGCUAUAAUGGGUCAAAGACUAAAUAAGGAGCAAACACAAAUCAUUUUCAGCUGCGUUGAAUGAAUCAAAUUACUGAUCAUUUAAGCCCAGACUAAUCGAUUCUUCGGACACCAGAGGUUAAUCCUGGACUAAAGUUCAGCUGUAGAUUUAAAGGAAUUUGAUUCGUUCGACGCAGCUGAAAAGGAUUUGUGCAUAAGUCUACCAUGUAUUGAUAUCCCUAUUAAACAUGUAGAUGGUUGUUGAUAAGCAUAGAGCACCAACAUAUACCGAAGCACUUUACAAUGGGCAGUUCUAUAUGCUGUAGUUGAGAGGGUAAAAUAGGUUCAAGCCUCUAUUUUGAUAAGGCAUCAUGUAACUUAAAGGAACACUAUAGUCACCAAAAAAACUUUAGCUUAACGAAGAUGUUUUGGUGUACAGAUCAUGCCUCCGCAGUCUCACUACUCAGCUCUAUUUAGGAGUUAAAUAGCUUUAUUUAUGCAGCCUCCCCAGCCUCCCCAGAUGAAAAAAGGUUUCAUUUUCAAUCAGAUCUUACAGUACAGUGUGUUUACUUUAGAAGUUCUUGUCUCUUGCUUUGUUAGUUUAAUUGUAAUCACAAACAGGAGGCUUGUGCAGGCAGCCAAGCUUUUUUUUUUUUUUUUAAUUCUUUAUUUUUGUAGUGCAUGUAAAUGAUACAUGCAAGCUUGAGGUGCCCCAAAAGCAAUCUUCAGGGGUUUCCCUGACAUGCAGGGUAUACGAUUAACUGGCACAAUUUUUUUAUAUUUUAUCUGGCUUAAUUAAUGUAAUGUUGAUGCAUCAGUUUAAAUGUAAGUAUAUCAUGCAAACAGGAUUGGUUCAUGCGUGAAUUAGGUUAGUGGCAACAUAGAUAGUACAGGUAGUGUAGUAAAACGCUAGCGACAACAUUUAGCUAGUGCAUAUGUACCUGUUUGAUGUUAAACAGUUCGCUUAUAUGGUAUAACCUGCUAGGGUAGAGUCGUUUAUAGUUAUAUUAGUUGCGCUUAAGGUUAUAAAUAUGUGGCUUGCAUUUAAGGUGACAUGUUUGCCUCAUACGCAUAGCGGUGGGAUUGACAGGUUGAGAAGCUAGUAGAAGUAGCAUUAUGCGAUGCAGUGCAAACUAGUAUUUAGGGUACAUGCCUAACUUGCGCAUUAAACAACAUAAAAAUAAUUAUUCAAAUUAGGCAGAGUAGAGCUAAGCACAAGCAAACAAGUGUAGCGAGUUUGACGCUCUGUGUGGUAGGGAUUAAGAAUCUGGUAUUUGCGUAGGCUGUGGAGGGAGAGACUCUUUGCUUUGUGUGCAGGGUCUUAGGCUGUGGGCCUCAUCAUGUGUCUGUCCGGAUUGCCUCAGCCGAUGCCCGUCCUGGAGGCCAUACCUGCGUGCCGGUAGGCGGCUAACACCGUAGAGGGUAGCUGUGUGCCGUGCAGGUCUGGCCCCGGUCUGGCGAGGUGCAUGCAUAUGUGACUUGUGUAGAACCCCAGUUCCUGCUUGUGUGGGGACGAGUGUUUGUGCCCACGUACCCGGUAUUCGCUUCCCGCUUUGCUGGUCGAUUGCCAUUACCCCGUCAGGUAGCUGUUCUGAGGGCCCGCGGCAGAGCUCCUUAAUGGCGGUACCUGGACGAACCCAUGUGGCCACCGCUCUCAUCGCUUGGUAUUGUGUCUCUCCUCGGUUGCGGAGCAUUGCCCACAAGCCUUCGCAGAGCCGGUCCAUCAUCGCUGUGGGCUGGAGUGGUGGCUGGAUGUUUGUGCCCUUUGACUGGGGCCUGCGCAGGGCUGCCAUCUUGGCUGUGCCUCAACUGUGCCGUACCCCUGUGGGCUGCGUGGCCCAUUGGUCCAUCCUCGGGGGCGGACCAGGAUGACCCCCACCGGUCUAAGGGGGGGUAGGGUGUUUGCCAGGUUGUUCCGGAGUUCCAAAGUCGAGGAGAGCGGGCGUCUCGCCUCGGUUCCAAACCCUGUAGGCCACGUUCGGCGUUUAGUGCCCCUGUCUCUGCCGGUCGUCUUUCGCUUCUGUGGUGCACCCCCAGCAUGGGUAGUGCACCCUGAGGUGUCUGUGGGCUUCGUAGCCGCCGCUUUACCGUCAGAAUUUGCCCGUCGGGCAGGAGCUCAUGCAUCCUGCAUCCACUCCGCUUGGCGGUCAAGCUGCGCCCCCAGGCAGCCGAGCUUUUAACUGCUUAGGAGAAAAUUAAUUCUAAAUUAAACACACUGUGCAAUAAGGAAAGCUAAUCCAUUUAGACUUUUUCAGGAAGUGUGCUAGGUUCAGCCAGGUGAGAUGUGGCUAUGACUGUAUAGACAAAGUUAUUUAACUUCUAAAUGGCAGAGAAUUGAGCAGUGAGUUUGUAGGCAUAUUAUCUAUGCACCAAAACUGCUUAAUUAAUCUAAAGAUGUUUUGGGUAAUAUAGCGAUUUAUUAUAAACUUAUUUAAUUAUUUUAUUUUCAAGAUCUGAUGGACAGACCCUAACUUUGGGAAAUGAAUCAAAAUCAUUAGAGGAAGACACUAGUAAAAUACAACAACUUUCAAGAAAUUUAUAUCACAUUUCUGAAAUUUCACCAUCUUCAAAGGCAACUUCCAGGACAUCCUGCAGACUAAAGAUGUAUAAGGUACAGCAUGAAAUUAAAAGUUCCCCAAAGAAAACAUAACGGGGGGACAGGACAGAGAUGUAUGAAAAGCUCUCAAGAAAAAAACACAUGACAUCACUGAAGUAACACCCUUAUUAAAUAAUUCUCAUAGUAUAGCAAAUGGUAGCCCCAUAGUACAUAAACCUUUAAUAGACAAUCUAUGACUAUGGUUGAAUUGGAGAAUAUGUCCUAUUUUAGCUUACACUAGAAAACAGCUGCAUCUAUCUGUAUGGAUAUGUGUACCAUACCUGUACCGAAGCAGGAUAACUUGAAUGGAGGGCUGGAUACACUGCAUGCAAUGAUAAUAGCGGUGACGUUAAAUAUAGCAUCAAAUGUGAAUAAAAUCCAGGGAACUGUAACUUGUAAUCAAGGGGAAAAGAAUCCACUUCAAAUAUACAAACUUAGAUUGUGGUUACUAAUGCUAAUAUGGGCGAUAGUACAGCAAGGGGGACCAGAAACAAGGUCAGUGGAAGUUUGAAGACCACGUAUUUUUCUUAUCAACAAUAAUGAAUGAAGGGCAGUGAAAAGGGCUGAUUGUUCCUGCUUUGUUUCCACGUAGCUGAAAGACCUUCCUAGCCCAGAAUGUCAAAGCACAGUCCUGUUUAUAAUAUAAGCUAUACAAAGGAUAUAAACAAUGAGCUUGACCCCUAUGCAUUUUGCAGUAAAUCAGUAACAAUUAAUUGCAAUAUCUGCCUUUUCUUGAUGUAUGCAUGCAAACUUGUAAUUGGCAAGUGUGGUCGGUAUCUUUGGAUGCAGAUGUAAGUUUGUUUACCAUUUCUAUUUAUAUGGUAUAGCCUCAAUUGUUUCUUGACUAAUUGCUGCUCUUAACCAACAAGAAUUGAACAAUCAGGGCUUGCAGUUCUUUGCUAGUCUUGGGAAUGUAGCUGAGGUCACACACCAACUUAUCUAAAAAGCUGUAGUUAAAUUAGAGUUGACAUCUGAGCCAUAUUUUUCCAGAGUAUCUUUGAGUUCCACAUGCUGUUGGGUUCAUGAAUGGUGCUUGCUGGAAGUGUGUAGAAUUCCUAUGUUGUCAUAUAAAAAUCAGUAAAUUAUUUCUGGCAGUUCCUAUGGUAUUCCUUAUAUUUAACUAAUUUAACCAAGCAUAUGAAUAUUACAUACUGCUAGUUACAAGUAUUCAUAUAUUACAUGGUAUGGUAGUGUUUUUGGCAAUCUAUGACUGGGUCCAAAUCCAACAAGAUUGAUUAAUUCAAACUCUUUAGUUAUUCAUUGCCUAAAGAAUUCCUAACUUAAUUAAUGCAUUUCUGUCCUCUCUGGUUAAUAUCAACCAUUUUUGAGAUCUGACAAUUUUACAAUGCUUUCCUUGGUGCCUGUAGCCUGUCCUCUCUGCUGGUGUUUGGUUAAUGUGGAAGUCAGCUUAUCAACUUCGAACAAAAAUGAUACACACACUGAGAGCGCGGGUCUAAUAGGCUCCCAGAUAACCCCCCCCAAGUAUUUUCAAUAUCUCAUUGCCUUCCAACGUUAUACUGCAAAUAUGGAAAUUUCAUAAAAGUUCUACUAUAGCACCCCACGUGCCCCGCACUUAUCAAAACAUUCAAUCAUAUUGCUAAUACCAAAUACCCACUUUCACUGUCAUUCAACUUGCUUGAUUCAGUAGAUCACUUUACCGCCAGUAACAGAAUACCAUUUAAUCUAUUGACAGUUAUGGGACAAGUACUAUGCUAUUACCAGUGAUUUGGUUGUCUUAUGCAAUAGAGUCUAGUCCUAAAUCAGAAUAGUCCACUGACCUGAGAUUUUUUGUACUUAGAUUUUUGUUUCCGACUUUGACAUAACUUUGUUAUUUCCUACAUAAAUUUCUAACAACAUUUUCUUGAAGCUUGAAAAAGAGCCUUCUCUACAGAGUAAUGAAAUCUGUUCGGGAUCCAGUGAACCCUGCAAAUCGAGGUAUGUGACCUCUUACUACCGUUCAAAUUAAUCUCUUAUGGAACACUCCAGCAUUAUAAAUAAAUACAUUGGAGUGUUGGAGAAUCUCCUGGAACCCAAUGCUCCUCCUUUCCUUUAAAUAAACAGUAGAAACUUACCUAUUACCCAGAGGUUGUCCUUAUGAUGUAUCUCAUAGAGCAGUACUGGGAUGCCGGCAGGGCUGGAUGUACCCUCCUUGUUGCCCCAUGCUAUAUAUAUAUAUCACACAAGUACAACGUUUGGAAUAUUUGAUUACAUGCAUUUAUACGAUUAGUUUGGAGUGUGAUUGGUGAAUGUGACAAGGUGGGUGGUUGGAUGAUAAGUGGGACAGAGCUGGGAGAGGGUGUGUGACGUAAAGGUGGAGUGUAUAUUUAAAAGAAGGAAAACUACCACAACAAGAGGACAUAGUCUUAAAUUAGAAGGGCAAAGGUUUAAAAUUAAUUUCAGGAGUAUUACUUUACUAAGAGGGUAGUGGAUGCAUGGAAUAGCCUUCUAGCUGAAGUGAUAGAGGUUAACACUGUGAAGGAGUUUAAGCAUGCGUGGACUAAUGAAAAUAUUUAUAAAAUUGGGCAGACUACAUGGGCCGAAUGUUUCUUAUCUGCCAUCACAUUCUAUGUUUCUAUGUGUAUGUGACGAACGCUCCUUACCCUGGACGUUUGCCACAAACUCCUGGAGGAGUGUGGAAGCUAGCCUCCUGCCCACCGACUAUGGGCCAUAUACUUUGUGCCAUACUCACUAUCUUGUUCUUCUGCUCACAAGACAUUACCCUGGUUUGUUUUAUGGUUUCCCAAACAAAAAACACUUUCCCUACAUUCGGUAGAUAAAUCUACUGAAUACCGACUACCCCCCCGGCUCAUUAAAUACAAGGAAACCACAGGAUUAAGUGCUCUCUCUGUGUGGCCGCCGUUUGUAUAACCAAAAGCCACUUGCUGGAGAAAACGGCGGCCAUCUUGUUACACGAAAGAAGGCAGCAGAACUUGGUCAUUGAGUGUCUGGAACUCCAAGUUGGACACUCGACCCCGCAAACCCUGGACACUUUCACGAACACCUGCUUCCUUUCACAGACAAGCCAGGAAAGACCUCUUCGUUAGGUUUGUUUACACGAACAAGGUGAACAAAUGCUACCUGUGAGCUAGGGGAACUGUUUGUUGUUUAGUUAAGUUUGGAACUCCUGAAAUUUACCCACUGCUACCUCUGAAACUGUGGAACUGUGCUGGGCAAGCGCCUCAUGAGGCGAUCAAAACUUUACCCUGAUGGCGAUUCGGCUGUGUUCUUGGGAUCUGAGUGCUAUUUGGACAACUUGGGCGGUCAGAUCAAAGCUAUCCGGGGAUAUGAUAUUUAUGGGGAUUCCUAUAUGUUUUAUGUGUAUUUUAAUGUAUUUUUGAUAUUUUGUGUUUUAUGCAGAGUGAUUGUGACUCAGAAAUUUGUGGGCGUGUUGUGGGAGUUUUUGUGGGCGUGUAUAGUGUAUCUAAUCUAGGCUUAUGUUUGGGUAUGUGACUGACGAACCGCUGGAUUUACUUUUAUGCUGCACUUUGAUUCUUGGGGAAUGUACGAAUCAGCACUCUGGGCUGCGGGCUAUAAUAUAAGUCCCUAGCAGUUUGGGAGCAUACAAAUGAACUGGUAUAUGAAAUACCAGCAUUCGUUACAGUGUAUUUCUGUGAAGGCUGCUUGUGUUGUUGUAUGUUUGUGGGAUUACUGUGUAUGUCUGUGGAAAUAUUGCUUGUGGGGUUGCAUGUCUAGGGGUGGCGCUUGGGGCUGUAAUGGGGGAUUAGGGUCUCUAGUGGAAUUAUAGAGGAUGUAGUGGAGAAAUAGGGUGUGUAGUGGGUGGUAGGCACAUCAGUGGGGAAGGUGGGGGGGCAGAGGCUAUGGUGAGGGAGUAGUGGCUAUGGUGGAGGAUAGGGACCACAGUUGGGAAAAUAGUUAUUAUAGUGGGGGGUAGCAAGGGAUAGUGGGGAGGAUAGCAGUGGGAGAAUAGUGGCUAUAGUGGAGGGAUAAGAGCUGUAGUGUAGGGCUAGGGUCUCUAGAGGCAGAAUUGGGUCAUGUAAUUGUAUAACAAUAAACCUAUAUCUGCAAUGACAGGUUCACUUUACUAAUGCUGCCACUUAUGUCAUGUUACAUGCAAAUUAUAGACCUUAUAUUUUUGAAUUCCUCUUUUUGAUUUAUUUUUUCUAUUUUAUCCAAUUAGCUGGUAAUUCGCUUUAUGUAGAAUUCUUAUCUUUCUUCCAGUCUCGGAGGUCCACCCUGUUUCCUUUAUUGGGAACGCACCUUUUCCCCUGUGUUUUCCAGAUUGCCUCUUUCCUAGUUAUUUUCUAUUUUUCCUCUAUCUCAGAGGGUUUCUAUAGAGUUUAUAUUUGUUAUGCAAAGCUUGAUUUAUAUUCAGUUUAUCUGCUAUUUAGUUGACCAUGUUCUCAGGGUUGCUAACCUGACGAGUAAUUUAUAGGUUAUAGGUUAAUGAAUUGAUUACUCUAUUUGUUUACUCCUGCAUCUACAUUACAGUUUGAUAAUGCCUUCUUUAGAAAUGCAAUAUUUUGGUUGGGAUGGAGGGGUGGGGGGGUGUUCUUAACCAUAUCUAGGCAAUCUUCUUUUUAAAGUAAUACCAAAUAUUAAUAUGUGAUUGAAAUGUGACACUAUUUGAUAAGCAAUGUUGCCUAUUAGUCAAAUAAUAGUGUCUUGGAUCAGUACCUUCACUAACCACUAGAUGUCAACACAGGACAGCACAUCUUAUAAACAUUAUUCAGUAUCCCUGCUACAUUAUCCUUUUGUUAGCAUCAUUUUAAUGAUCUUUAACCAUCUGCAAUUGUAGAAGUUACCUGUAUUGCAUUUAUAAAAGAAUAAUUUGUUUGCAACAUACUGUAUAUUGAACAUAAGGUUGGUGAUCAUUUCCAAUUUCAUGCAGUCAUUUAUAUGAUGCCAUUUCAUUAUCUGCAGUAUAUCGACCUAUAAAAGGAAAGGUAGAUUUUUUUUAAAAUACAUAAUAGGUAAGGUAUAAUUUUUUAGGGAGCUGGCAAUAGAAAAUGCUUUACCUUCUCAAGGGCUCCAACGCUGAGGAACCACAGCGUUAGAAACAAGUGUUAAAGGGUUUUUAAAUCUUUAUACACUGGAGGUGGGGGUGGGGCGAGGGUUCGGGAAAGGGACACUAUGGAGAAAGGGACACUAUAACGUUAGGAAUAUAGUUUUGUAUCCGUAACACUAUAGUGUUCCUUUAAAAAAUACAGUUAAUACAAUAGUAGUUCAUAAUAACCUGCAGUUAUUAUACAUAACAACAACAACAACAAAAAAGCACAAUUAUUUUUAGAUCAUAUGAAGAGAAUAUGACUUUGGAAAAGAAAUCUGAAUCAUUGCAUGAUGAUAAAAAUAAGGAGCGUCAAAUUCCCGAAAAUAUACACUUCAUUUCUGAAAACUCACCAAUGGAUUCUAAAUCUAGGACUUCCACAAGACGAAAGAGAUAUAAGGUAUGAUUGCAAACUACCAUUCUGGUGUUAUAAUAUAUAAAUACAUAAAAUAGUUGUACUGAUCUGUCCUUUAUAGACUGACAUAAAUUUGUGUAAAUGGGCACAAAGUUGGUUCUCAUUACAAUUCCAUUUCACAAUAAAAAAAAAAGAAUCCCAACACCAAAUAGUUGUACCUCAAUAUUUGAUUUUCCACGUAUCAAGAGGAAUAAUUAAUUUGUAUGCCCAUGUACGCAAAAUACUACUUCGCAAUAAAAAAAUGUGAAAAGAAGCGUUCGAUGAGCAAAGACGAUCGAGGAUGUAUAAUUUAACAGCCUAUGAUUAAGUACUAAUGAAUCGAUUUAUCUUGAUACAGCUUUGUAAGUUUAUUUUGGUUAAUUUACUUUCAGCUGAAGGUAAAACUGAACCUGUAGUAUAGUGUGAAGGAAUAUGUGAUCUCGUCUAAUAUCCCGUAAUAUUAAAAAAAGGACAUUUGUGUAUUUUUCAAAAUUGACUUUGUACUUUACAGAAGUAAAAUACAUUGUCAAAUACAAUGAGAUGUUUUACUAUAUGUAAUUGUAUAACAAUUUACUGAAAGUUUAUAUCACGAUUAGAAAAUAAGCGAAUCAUUUAAAAUACAUUUUCCCAGGUUAGAAAGAAUGAAGAAAAAGUAAAUACAAGAAAAUAUGAAUAUUUGAAAUUGCCAGAUAAGUAUGUUCAUUUUUAUUUCUGUUUCUUAUUCAGAUGUAUUACUUAUUUUUAAUGCUAUUUCUUUAUAUUUACAGUCCUUGUAUUAAAGGGAGAGAACACUGUUCAAAUAUUUUUUUAAAUCACAAUUUGUAGAUAUUCCCCCAGUGAAAACAUGUAUGCAUUUAAUUUUGCAUAUUUAAAAACCGCUUGUAAAAGCUGCAGAUCCCUUGUCUGCAGCCUUUGCAAGCCCGUCCCCUCUCACCCUACCCAGACGUUCUGUGGCUGUCCAAUCACAGACUUUCUGUGGUUGUCCAAUCACAGACUUCCCAAUGCAGUUCAAUGAGAAGUCUUUGCAAGGCAGGUGCUCUUUGCAGUUUCCUGCCUCUUGAGUUUAGCUCCACUGAGCUAACCAAACCAGGAAGUAAGAGGGUCGAUUGUCUGAUUGAUAGCCAGAGGGGUGUACUAAGGUUAAUUUAUAAAAGUGCCAAUUUCUACUGAUCUAUACACUUUUUUUAAAAUAGAAGAAAAAGAGGAUACAGUCUUCAGUCACAAUGCACUUCAGCAAGCUUACGUGCUUUAGGUUUGUGGAGCAUUACUUUAAACCCCAGCAUGACAAAUACAGUUAUCUUUGUUAUUAGUCUAUGCCAGGGGUAUAAAUAGGAAAUACAGGGCCCCAGUGAAAGAAUCAAAUAAGGGCCUGUCUUAUUGCCUCUCCUUGCUCCCCUUAAGUAAUACACUUGAGUGGGGUAUGUGUUAGCUGAUUGUGAUUGUGCAUGUGUUAACUGAGUGUGAUUGUCAACUCCACACAUAUAUAUCAAACUCAGCCAACCAACACAGAGUGUGAUUGUGUGUGUGGCUCGCUGAGUGUGACUGUACAUGGGGUUUGGCUGCGUGUGAGUGUAGAGUGAUUGGCCCUGCUUGGGGUCACUUACCUAAGCAUGGCAAUCCCCCAUGCUGACGCUAACAUGCUGGCUACAUUGCUAGCUCACUGUCGUCAGUGCAUCAGUCACAUAGGGUUAGGACACCAAUGUCAUCUCCAUGUGCUCUCUUGCAGUUUCUUUGGCUACCUGCGGGGGAGAGAGAACCUGCCACCAUGAAUGCCAUGCUAUUCUUCUUUUUGUACUAGCACUCCUGCUGUACCACCGAUGAUACAGAAAUCCAGCCUUGCAGGUGCCUACUCUGCCUUAGUCGAGAGCUCUAAGGCAGCCAGCUGGCGAGUUCAUAGGCUCCAUUACAGGUGGAACAGAGGGUCCAGUCACACUUGUGACCUCAGUGAUCCCUAUAGUUCCACCACUGGUCUGUAUCCAUAUUAAAUGGUAGAUCACAGGAAGGUUUAACAAUCCAUUGCAUCCUCAUAUUCAUGGCUAAUGGUCCAAAUAGAAUCCUCUGAUUGACUAAUGGCUACCCUUUACGAGAUUUCUCAUGAUAAUGCAAAACUUACUGGGAAUGUAUUUUCUGUAAUUUACCAUUAAUAGUACAUUAUUCAUCGAUUAUAGUUUUUAUCCCGCUUAUAUAUACUGUUUAAAGGUUACAUUACGUCAUGUUACAGGAAAUGUACAAUGGAAGAAACAGACCUUGAACCACCGAACAGCAAAAAAUCUUUACCGGUAACUAUUUUAACUUUAUUAAUUAAAAUGGAAAAUAGAAAUAUAUAUUUAACCAUGUAAGAGUAAAAAUAGAGUAAUAACUGGUCUAACGCUUUAAACCGAAUUUUGCUAAUCUAGUAUAAAAUAAUGCCUUGGUAGGUGUUAGAUCGAUCGGUCUCUCUAUCUAUCUUCUUUCACACACAGCAAUCUUUGUACAUUUCUACAGUGGUGUUAUUAUAGUCAAUUGUGUCCAACAUGAGCUUUCUUGUAAAGAUCAAAAUUCUAGAACCCGGCUCUCCUAGUUGCAAGCACUUCACUCGAUAUCUUUCUAUCUCGAAAGUAAUUACAUUUAAUGAAUGUCCCUCCAUACUGCUAAACGUUUGCUCGUAGUGUUCUAUGUUGCACAUUGUAUAUUUUCUUGUUUACAUUUUUAUUGAGAACAUCCAUUAUAUCUACCAGUAAAGGUUUUUAUUACGCUUCCAUCAGCUAACGUGGCAAAUUAUUUUACUAUCUGUCAAUCGUCAUGUCACAUUGAACUGAGAUAAUCUACUACAAAUAAAGGGAGCUUGGAGUAUUCUUAAAUAUAUGGUUUUUGGGGGAUUUGUUUCUGUCUAGUUUUUUUAUGACCAAACAGAAUAACUCUUUCUAACUAACUUUAUUUUAAAGGUUGACAAGGAGUCUUGUGUACCGAAUAAAGCAAAUUAUCUGGAAUCAGAUAUACCCUGCAAAUCAAGGUAUAAUUAAUUAGAGCUUGCAUCAUACAUACUUCAAUGAUCACCCAAUUAAUAACAUUUAAAUUCAUUCUUUACAGCUAAUGUCUAUUAGACAUGUGCAUUUGUAGUCGGAAAAAUAACAAAAAUUACAGAAAAUUUUGUUUUUCGGUCACUUAGAACCCCAAUGCGAAGGCAGCACUGGCCAAAUUUCCCAAUGAAAGAAUGGUCUACUGGCUGAAUUUAAUUUGGACGCCAUUAAGACAUUCGGCCAUUGCAGCUAAACAGCGAGCUACUUUUUUAAAUUAAAUGCUAGCGACUUGGUAGCUACUGUUGCCCACUUGCUAGUUUAUAUGCACCUACCUUCCGCACCCCACAAUGCCCCCAACUUAGAGAACUGGGAGGUUGACAAAUGAGAUUAUGUUAAAAUACUACUAAGUCCACCCCCCGUCCCCAUCCAUGAAGAAGAUAAAAACAGGAUGGGGGUCUCCUAAUGGCACUACCCCCCUCCUCCCCUGUUAUUUUACAGGCCCCCACGGGAUGGGGUCUUUAGAGUGACUGGCCUCCCCCCACCUCCAAGUGUUAUAUUAUUAAAUAUUUGCUAUAUAUGAUUGCUGGCAUGCCUUAGAGAUUAAAAGUCCCCCGAAAUUCAGUGAUCAAUUAAAAUUUUCACUGAAUUUCAGCAGAAAUUAAUACAAGUGAUGGAAAGUCAGUCAAAAAAAAAAAAAGAAUCUAAUUUGGUUUGACAGAAUGACCAAAAUCACAGAAUAUUUGUCUGUGCACAUGUCAAAUCUCUAUUGUACAUGCGUCAAGUAGUCAUGAUUAUACUGUGCAUAUACAUUUUAACUUGUACAUUAAAUGACUCAAUGAAAAUAAAUAAAUUGUUUAAAUUAAAUUUAUCACCUCGAAUUUAAUGUGCUAUAAUGAGAAAAUAAACCAACCAAGGAACACUAUCAAGACCUGUUUGCAAAUUGUAGACUCAUUGAAAGUACUGUUUUGUAUCAUGAUGAGGACAGAUAUGAUAACAACCUUGUGUAGUGAGAAUGUUCAAUGCUAUACUGAGUUCAACACGUUUCUGUAUGAGCAAUAUGACAUUUUUCUACACACUAGUUAAUAGCUUAUUUUAUUUGUAGCAAGAAGUCAGAAAUAAAUAAUGGGCAGUCCGAACUCCUCAUUGAAUAUUGUCAUCAUCUGGCAAAUUUACUGCAAAAAUUACAACGUAAGCAUAUAUGACAAAAUGUUGAAAAAUAAUAAAAAUUUUGAAAUCUGUAAACAAAAAACUAAAUCAGAAAUUUAUAAACCUCUAAAACACUAAAUGUUACACUUUUGUGUCACAAACAUGUAUUCCUGACUCUAUAGUGUUAAAACCACCAUCUAGCCCCCCUCUGCCCCUCUUGCCUCCCUAAAUAUAGUAAAAUCUUACUUGUAUUCAAGUUGAGCAGCUGGCUCUGCCCUGUCUGCCUCUGAAACUGCCUGCUGUCUGCUGACAUCAUCAGAAGUGGUGGGCCAAUCACAAUGCUUCCCCAUAAGAUUGGCUGAGACUGUCAAGGAGGCAGAUCAGGGGCAGAACCAGCACAAGACAAACACAGCACUGGCCAAUCAGCACCUCCUCAUAGAGAUUAAUUGAAUCAAUGCAUCUCUGUGAGGAAAGUUCAGUGUCUCCAUGCAGAGGGUGGAGACACUGAAUGGCAGUGCUGCUCACUGUGCAGCACUGACCCAGGAAGCACCUCUAGCUUCUUUUUUUAAUGACUGACAGGAUAAGUCAUUAAAAAGGUUUAUAAACGUGUGUCUGAUUUUUCUUGAGCAGUUGACUGGUUUAUCGGCUGGUAAUAAAUCCAGUCGAAAUGUAAUAAACUUGUGGUCCAAAACCUGAUCAUUUUUGACUGGGUUUUGCAGAUAGAAUGUCUUUUAGGCCUCAGCUAUGCUUCUAGUUUUGUUACGUCCACUUUGAAUUCUGACUUUAGCGAUUAGCCCUGUAAACCAAAUAACACUGGAGGUAAGAUGUUUUCUUUUUGUUACCAAUUACCCAUGCAUUUCUCUGUUGUAAAGGUCUUCUUAAAAGCAAUGCAAGAUUAGGUCAUGAAAAAGAUGAAGCUUUGAAGUACCUGCUUUUCAUUCUAAAGAAAGUAAAGGUAAAUAACAACACAAUUCUGUCUACAAUAUAAAAUUAUGAUAAUUGCCCAAACUUGAUGUUUUCUGAAUCUCACCCAACCUCCGGUUUUACAGUCUCUUACCGAACUCUCCUUAUGUCAAAUUUUAUCAUUGUACCAUAUCCCCUUUUAAAAAUAAAGGCAGAAUGGUGUAAGGUCCCCAAAUGGACUGAUAUACAGUUAUCAAUUUCGGGGUAGAUGUGUCAGUCUCUAGUGAAAGGCUACAAAAAAUGUCACUUUUGCCAAAUAUACAGGAAGUUUACCAAGAUAUGGAUUUUGGAAUAGAUCCCCUUGCAGAUUCAACUAUAUUUUAUCUGAAUACUAUAAUUCAUACUAUAGUUUUAGUGAUGGGGGUAACAGUGUAGAAGAACUGUGCAAUAUGAUGUUUGGACAGAAGCCUCCAUUUCGGUAAAUGCCAUAAUACUUGGAUCAGGCAUAAUACGACCAAAUACAUGUUAAAGUCUUAGAACAUUUUAAAGUAUAUGAAUUGUAGAUAAUAUUCAACCCUUCGAUUUGCCAGUUUAUUCUUAAAUCUUCAUAACUUGAAGCGUAGUAAAUCAACUCCAUAGUCUAUUGCAGUGGUUCCCAUCCCAGUCCUCAAGUACCCCCUUACAGUCCAGGAUUUAGGGAUUAUCAAGUUGUGUCUAAGGUGUUUGUAGGAAAAAAUAAACACGUUAACACAACAGGGUAAUCCCUAAAUCCUGAACUGGUAGGGGGUACUUGAGGACUGGGUCGGGAACCCAUUGUCUAUUGGGUUCAAAAUGUUAGAUAUUAUACUGCCCUUCAUAAAUAGGCUGAGACUUCUUGCUAACUAUGUAUAUUAAAAUGAGUGUAAUGAAUUUCUGGUAGUGUUCUAAACCACUGCUAAUAGAAAACAUCAUUAUGUGAUGCAAAACAUCUUUUUUUCCUCUCAGAAAUCUAAUAUCCUAAGUGAAAAAAGCAGAAAACAAGUGGAACAGCUUCUCAAUGAGCACGUCAGCCUAACAGACAACUGUCACAAAAGAGAUAGCCAAGUAAGAGCCAAUACCAAGCAGCAUAGAACAUCGUACUUCACAAACCUCAGUCUAAUGGAUGCACAAAACAGAGAGGGAUAUAUAUAAUGGGAAUAAAACAUAGACAAUGACUCCUUUGUAAUGAAAGGCACUGUUUUCUGGCAAAUGGCUUAUCCCUAUGAGAGUGGCCAUGACGUGACAGACUGUAAUAAAAUAAAGGUCUCUGAAUGUAUGCAUGGUAUGAAUAGUUGAUAUUAUGCAAUAUUGUGUGUAAAUAAUUUGCAUGGAAAUGGAUAUUGUAUAAAUAUGCCAGUAUAUAUAUAAAUUAUGUUUUCAUAGGAAGUGGUAAUGUUUUAGACCAAACCAAGUGUUUGCUUGAAUAUCUACCCCUGUCCAGAUUUCAAAGUAUAAGUGCACGCACGCCGAAGAAAUCACACUGACAACAGUAUCAGUUAAACGAAAGCUUCGAAGAAUGUUUACUUAGGGGGCGGCAAGCCCCUUAUAAAGGCAGAAAUACAUCAUAUGCAAAAUAUGGGAGGACAUGAAAUGUACAUUUUAAUUGGUAUUUGUUUAAGUGUUUUAUCUUGAUGGACUUCCUACAUGGUGUGAGGUCAUCAGCAUCUUGGGUGCAGCUCUGGAUGGAGAUGCCAUUCUUGUGAGAUGAAAUUCUUUAUUCGAUGGGAGGGGGUGCUCUAGUGGACAUUUUCAGUAGCGAAUGAACACUGGUAAUAUUGUAAAUAGACAUUUUACUAAUAUUAAUUUCUAUCCAUCUCAGGCCCAGCAGAGUUGGCUAGACUAGUGGCUUCCAACCCAGUAAACCAGGAGAAGUCUACCUUUAUACUUAUAUAAGAAUAAAAGCUAAUACGCUGAACAGUCCUGAAUUUUGUUCCUAUGUGUUUACUAACAAAACCUGGAUUGUUGAUGUGCCUUUGGGCACUCUGUUGGAGACCACUAAUCCAUAUCGCCCAACAUUGGGAGGAAUGAGAUUGGGACAGGUGGCCAGGCUUGAGUGGUAGCUGCCAGUGGCGCAAUUCGCAUCACUUAUAAUGCUCAUAAUGGGUGAACCUGCCCAGAAAAGAGGUGGGCUUACCUGGAAAAUGGAUGGACCUGUCAAGCGAACGGGCCUUCAUGACUGGACUCCAACCUGCUAUAGACAGUGCUGCUGAAGCACUCUCUGCAGGGCUCUAGUGCCCCUGCACAGUAUAAGCACAUCUAAUGACGUGAUCGGGCCAGAUGCGGGACACCAAGGAACUAAAUGAGGACAGUAGUACAAGAUAACUACAUUAAAUUUAGUAGUUCUAACUGUUUAGAAAUGUGUCUAAGUAACGAAGCUACAUUGUUCUUGCUCAAAAUUACUUUUGUUACAUAAAUUGUUUAAGUUCUCAGAACAGCUCUGCCCUUGGACACACCCCUAAAAUUAAAGUGUCCCUCUUUGUCCAUUUGAAAUCUUGUAAGGUAUUGGUAAAUGGAAUGGUAUUCGUAAAAUAUUUUCGUUUUCUCCAAUAGAUUACAUCUGUUGUGAUUGAAUUAAAACAUUUAAGAAAAGCAUACCGUAGUAUUGUUAAUCACUCUGAGAAUACUGACGACAGAAACGCAAUUUUGUGGAUAAGCAGGGUGCAGGCUUUACAGGUCAGUUCAUUUAUGUCAUCUUUACUUUUAAUAAUUAUAAUAUGCUGUAUAGUUUAUAGCACAACACUGUAUUAAAGUGAAAAUAUCUUCGGUGUUCCAGAACUCAUUUUGCCAGUGCGUUGUGAGUAGAGUUGUCGUGAAUCGUCAUGGAUGCUGUCCAGGAAGUAGGAGGGUCUGGGAGGGAGGGUCUGCUGGAGAUUGGCCGGGACGUGUCAGCUGACCGGAGUUCGCCACGAACAGCUCGUGGCGAACUGUGGCGAACCGUUCGCGAGAAGUUCGCGGACGGUUCGCGACAUCUCUAAUUGUGAGUAGAUCCCAACUUAAAAGGACACUCUAUAGUACCAAAAAAUAAACACAAUAGGCCAAUUCAAACAGGUUGAAGAGACAUUCUUGGCUGGAGUUGGUCCAUUAUAUUUGUAAUAAAUUAUAUAGGCUGUGGGAGUCAGGCAUGGUCUCACUCAUCAUAAGACAUGAUCAAUUAUAAAUUAUUAUGGUCAUGAUAAUUUAAGAAUAAGAUACAUACAUGCAUAUGCAGUCAUAUAGCUCCUAACUCCAACGUCAUGCGAAUCAGGAGUCAGUGAUUUUUUUUUUUUAAAUACAAUGUUCAUAUCUAUUGAAUGUAUACCAUGUGAUGAAACGUUUUGAGAACAAAAAAGGCAAAUUAUAAUAAGAAAGAUAUUUAAAAAGGGCUGUACCAGGUAUGUGAAAUCUUAUAAAUUAGAUUAUGCAUAUUUACUCUUCUAGCUUAAUACCUGUACUAAUACCUGUUCCUAGAAUUCCAUUUUAUUGUAUGUUUAGUUAUAUGCACAUUUUACAUGGUAAACCAAAUAUUGUUCUUUUUCAGGAUUCUCUUAACAUCCUUAAAUGUCAAAAAGAGAAAACGGAAUCUAUCAAAAAGGAUAUUUGCUUAUUGAAGAAGGGAAAAUUACCUGAACUGAGAGAAGUCGAAAAUAUAUCAACAUUAUAGAAGUAGACGUCCGCAUCUCAUUGUUUUAGUUUUUUUUUUAAAAUGUGAGAAGAAAGACAGUCAUUAAAAUGUGCAAAUUUGACACAGUACCUGUUUGUACAGUGAG